CGCUUACAUAGGCAGAACUUUAAGCUAGGAGCAUUUUGGUCACUUCAGACAACACACAGAUUGGUUUACCUAUCUUAGGCUUCAUUUCAUGCCACGGUCAGAAUUGGCAAGCAAAGAGAAAGGGAGGAGGAGGGUAGUAUACAGAUCGAACUGAGGACCGACGAAAGCCCCCAUGCAUGUCCUUUCCCAGCAGCAGUACGUGGCACUGUCAGUCCUAGCUAGCACCUCUCCGACUCGGACCGAGCUAGUUGUAGGCAAGCACGUUGCUGGGACACGACGGACGACGCUCGGUUGCAUUGCACUGGAGCAUUGAUGGCAUCUCUCGAUCGGUUCUUGUCCUUGCACAGUUGCACCAACAAACCCACCGUCUCGUCGUCCGUCCUCGUCGCAUCGUCGUUGGGUCACUCGCGUGCGUUGCGUUCCAGUGAAAGGAAACACGGAGGGGAAGCGGAAGCUGGGGGUCGUCGUCGGCCCGCUGCAGCUGCAGUAGCCGCCGCACUGCCGAGGCGUGUCAGGGCGCUGAUGAGGACGAUGAUGCCUUGCCGCCUCAGCUGCUUCCUGCUCGUCGUCGCCGCCGCCUCCGGCUCUGCUGGCUCCGGGCAGGGGCGGGUGGUCACCACCCUCCCGGGCUUCGAGGGCCGCCUCCCCUUCCACCUCGAAACAGGGUACGUGGAGGUGGACGAGGACGCCGGCGCGGAGCUCUUCUACUACUUCGUCCAGUCCGAGUCCGAGUCCGCCGGCGACGCCCCUCUCCUCCUCUGGCUCACCGGCGGCCAACGCUGCUCCGCCUUGAGCGGCCUCGCCUACGAGAUUGGUCCCAUCAGGUUCGUCGUGGAGCCCUACGACGGCACCUUACCGCGCCUGCGCUACGACUCGAGAAACUCGUGGACAAAGGUGGCACAUAUUCUUUUUGUUGAUUCGCCAGUUGGGGCUGGGUUUUCCUUCUCCAAAGAUCCCAAAGGCUACUAUGUUGGAGACAUAUCAUCCUCCAUGCAGUUGCAUAAGUUCCUCAACAAGUGGUUCAACGAGCAUCCGGACUACCUUGCAAAUCCUUUCUACAUCGGUGGAGAAUCAUACGCUGGAAAAACUGUACCAUUCCUUGCACAGAUGAUUUCAGAAGGUGUUGAAGCAGGAAUGAAGUCCGAACCUAAUCUCAAGGGCUAUCUAGUGGGCAACCCGUCCACAGAGGAACGUAUUGAUUUUGGCUCUAGAGUGCCUCAUGCUCACGGCUUUGGAAUUAUAUCACAUCAGCUGUAUGAGACGAUAUCCGGGCAUUGCCAAGGAGAAGACUACUCCAAUCCUGCAAAUGAGUUGUGUGGUCAGGCUCUGAAUACCUUCAAUGAUCUCAUCUCUCAAGUUCAGAAAGCCCAUGUUCUGCUGGACCAAUGCGUUGUCGCGUCGUCUCCUCCUGUACCGAAUGGAGACUACAUCAGGAUGGACGACGGUGGCUCAGCCUCAGAUGAUGGCAGCAGGAAGAUGAAGAUCCUACGGGAGGAGAGUAGAGUGCGCAAGCUAUUUCAUCCACCGGCUCGUACUCCGUUUAGUUGCUUUAGUUACUCCUACUCCCUGUCGUAUUUCUGGGCAAACGACAGACGCACCCGAGAUGCUCUUGGGAUCAAGGAGGGUACCGUGGAUGAGUGGGUCAGAUGCGACGAUGAAGCAGAGCUGCCUUACGAGCGCGACCUCAAGAGUGUCGUCAAGUACCACUGGAACCUGACCUCCAGAGGCUACCGCGCCCUCGUAUUCAGCGGCGACCAUGACCUGAUGGUGCCACACCUGGGCACCCAGGCCUGGGUCAGAUCUCUCAACUUCCCCAUCGUCGACGACUGGAGGGCCUGGCAUCUUGGUGGGCAGUCAGCUGGAUUCACAAUCAGUUACUCAAACAACAUGACAUUCGCGACGAUCAAGGGCGGCGGACAUACAGCACCUGAGUACGAGCCGGAGAGGUGUUUCGCCAUGUUCAGCCGCUGGGUGCUCAACCGGCCACUCUAAUAAUCCUCUCUCAAAAUCCUUGAUGCUGAUAAUAAAUACUCCAUCAGUGGUGAAACUGGAUAUACAUGGGAAUAAAACGGAUGUACUACGUACCUACUGUACCUUCUACUCCGCAUAAGCAUUCAUACA